AUUUUAAUGUGUCCUCUCAAUGUACACAUCCAGAACUGCACUUUGUGGUUCUUCCAUAAAAGUUAAAACACAAACAGACUUACGCUGUUGUCAAAGUCCUUUUAUUUCACAUAACAUUUAGAUCACUACACCACCUGCAUACCUUUGAUGCAGAGGUGUUCACCACUAGAGGGCGAGAAAGCAGUAUCCUCGUAUUUCUUGACUCCAGGUUAAUUUCACUAUUAAAGAUUGACGGGUUCAUAAACCAAUGCCAUGCUGAAGAAUCUGCUGAUUAUCCAAUGAGGUUAUCGGAGGGCAGAUACCAUUGAUCAACCGUCUGAAUCUAUCAGUCGAGUCACUUUAGCUGCGGAUUUCACCAAGAAAGACAGACUUCCACAAUAUUGGCGAUCUCAAACAUUGGAGAUGGAUCCAAACGUACCUCCUGACCUUAGCAGUAUGACCGGUGUUCCAUUUUUGGGACGCGGAAGAGGACAACAGCCUGAGGAGCCGGCUGUAGGACGUAGUAGAGGGAUGCUGCUCUUUGCAGAAGGGCCCGGUUUCGGACGAGCCAGAGGUUUUCUCAGUCCUGGCGUUACCCCACAAGGACGAGGAGUAACUCUACCAGUUACUGGACCAGUGGUUGGAAGAGCUCGAGGAAUGCUGCUGCAGCCUGACGACGGAGGACAUGGCAGAGGCAGAGGGCUGCUCUUCUCUGCAGAUGAACCAAAAGCUGGGGGUGCAAUCCUGCCGCAAAACCCGCAGCCACCUCCAUGUGAAACCAAGACGAGAGGCCAAAGUGAAGAGACUCCGGCUUUGAUAAGGAAAGAGGUUGACUUACCAACACACAGCCAAAGUUCCCCCCUCGUCUCAAUGUUUAGAGGAAUGGGUAUCGAGCCCUCAAUGACCUCAUGGGGCAGAGGAACACUACCAGUGGGUAGAGGAGCAGUUGGAGAUAUUGGAGAUGUGAAACUGCAGGGUUCCCUAUUAGGUGUCAUCAGUAGCCCAGAAGUCACUGGCCAACCAGAGGAAGUGAUGGGAAGAGGGACCAGUGUCCAUGCCCGGAGUUUUUCCCCUCAGACGAUGCUUGGGCUUGGAAGAGCAGCGAUGCCACAGCUUGGCGCAGGAAGAGGACGUGCUAUUCUACCUUCUCUUUCUCCUGGUCGACUCGAGUCAUUUUCAGCAGCCCCCGAAAAACAAGCAACCCCCUUUCCCCUUCAGUCUUCACCAGCUGCAGUGCCUGAGGUUCCUGCUGCCCAGGCAGGGCUGGAGACGCCUGCUACUUCCCCACCAAUGACGGAGCUGAAAAUGGAGACAGUUUGUGACCCUCUGAACAAAGCUGGAACAAAAGGAGCUCCGAUAACAAUUGGCUCAAACCACAUUACGAUUCGCUGCAAGAAUGAAGCUGUUUACCAGUACCAUGUCACAUUCAGUCCAAAUGUUGAAUCAAUGGCGAUGCGUUUCGGCAUGAUGAAAGAUCACCGCCCGACCACAGGGGAGGUUGUGGCUUUCGAUGGCUCCAUUCUCUACCUGCCUGUUAAGCUGAAAGAAGUGGUGCUCCUCAAGAGUUUGAGACGGACCGACAACGAGGAAAUACAGAUCAAAAUCAAGAUGACAAAAAUUUUGCCUCCCCACUCUGAUCUGUGUCUCCCCUUCUACAACGUGGUGCUCAGGAGGGUUAUGAAAAUCAUCGGACUGAAGCUGGUGGGACGAAAUCAUUACAACCCAGAAAAUGCAGUUGUUCUUGGAAAGCAUCGCCUGCAGGUGUGGCCUGGCUACUCGACCUGCAUCAAGCACACUGAUGGGGGCUUGUACCUGAAUGUGGACGUGUCUCACAAAGUCUUGCGGAACGAUUCAGUGCUGGAUGUCAUGAAUAUGCUGUACCAGCAGACCAAAGAGAACUUCCAAGAUGAUUGCACCAAAGAGCUCCUUGGCAGCAUCGUCAUCACCCGCUACAACAACCGCACCUACCGCAUUGAUGCCAUCGAGUGGAACAAGUCACCCAAAGACACCUUCACUUUGAUGGAUGGCACACAAACCACAUUUGUGGAGUACUACAGCAAGAACUAUGGAAUUAAAAUCAAAGAGAUGGACCAGCCUCUGCUUCUGCAUCGGCCAAAGGAGAGAGCCAAACCUGGAGGGAAGCAAGUCAUCACAGGAGAGAUCCUUCUAGUACCAGAGCUUUCCUUCAUGACGGGGAUCCCAGAUAAAAUGAGGAAGGACUUCAAAGCUAUGAAGGACCUGACCAUGCACAUCAAUGUGAGCGGAGUGCAGCACACAAACUCCAUAAAACAGCUUCUGAAGAACAUCAGCACGAACCCCGAGAGCCUGAAGGAGCUCAGCCGAUGGGGCCUGGAGAUCGGCACAGAAAUCUUGAUGAUCAAAGGAAGAACUCUUCCCAUGGAGACCAUCUGUAUGCAGGCUUCAUCCUUUACCACAGGUGGAAAUGUGUCCUGGUCCAGAGAGGUAGUCAGGGAUGCUUCAAUCAGCUCUGUCCCGAUGAACAUCUGGGCAAUCUUCUACCCUCGCCGCUGUACAGACCAGGCCAAAGAGCUGAUUUCCACCUUUAACAAGGUGGCCGGGCCUAUUGGGGUGAGACUGGAGCGACCCAUUCGUGUGGAACUGAGGGAUGAUCGCACCGAAACUUACGUCAAGAGCAUCCACUCCCAGCUCACCAGUGAGCCAAAUAUGCAGCUAGUGGUGUGCAUCAUGGUCGGAAACAGAGAUGACCUCUACAGUGCCAUCAAGAAGCUCUGCUGUGUGAAAAGUCCGAUCCCAUCCCAGGCCAUCAACAUAAGGACAAUUUCCCAGCAACAGAAGUUGAUGAGUAUUGCCCAAAAGAUCCUCCUGCAGAUGAACAGCAAGCUAGGAGGAGAGCUGUGGACUGUCAAUGUCCCUCUGAAACACUUGAUGGUGGUUGGAGUUGAUGUCCACCAUGACACCAGUAAGGCACAUCAGUCAGUCAUGGGCUUUGUUGCGAGUGUGAACAGCUCUCUGACUCGCUGGUACUCCAGAGUAACUUUCCAGACCCCCACAGAGGAGCUGAUCAACGGCUUCAGAGUUUGUUUACUGGCCGCACUGCAGAAGUACUAUGAGGUGAAUCACAACCUGCCAGAGAAGAUUGUGGUGUAUCGUGACGGAGUGUCAGAAGGUCAGCUGAGGAUGGUGGAGCAGUAUGAGAUCCCACAGUUGAUAAAAUGCUUUGAGACAUUCCCCAACUACGAGCCUAAGCUGGUCUUCAUUGUGGUCCAGAAGCGCAUCAACACCACACUUUAUGCCUCUGCUUCAAACAACUUUGGCUCCCCUCCACCUGGAACUGUUCUGGAUCACACUCUGACAAACAGAGCAUGGGUGGACUUUUAUCUGAUGGCACAUCACAUUCACCAAGGCUGUGGACUUCCUACACACUACAUCUCCUUGUACAACACAGCAAACCUCACACCAGAUCAUUUGCAAAGGCUGACCUUCAAGAUGUGCCAUUUGUACUGGAACUGGCCAGGCACCAUUCGAGUACCAGCACCAUGCAAGUAUGCCCACAAACUGGCUUACCUGUCAGGCCAGUACCUGCACUCAGAGCCAGCCAUCCAACUUUCUGACAAGCUGUUUUUCCUCUGAGCUGCACAGGCAAAGAGCUUGGGUUACAGCAAAACCAGCUGUGCUGAAAAAAAGCAAAACAGACUGUCAUAAAUGGUCGUGUAGUUUUCACAAGGUUUGUGCAUGUUCAUUCUUCAUUGUGCACUAUGUUUAUAGUUAACAGCAUAAAGAGCAAAAGAGUCUGCAGAGAUCAGGUUAGGGUGGACGAAUGGGUUUGACACAGAUGUUCUACACUGCACACUGGGCUUUGAGUCCUGUGCAAACCGAAAGUAAAUGCUGAAAUAUUAUUUUAUUCAAACCAUUUUGCUCAUUCUCAACAUCCCUUCUGCUGCCUUCAAAUAACCAAAAUACGACUGAGACAGACAAAAAGCUUGGAUAUGCAAGAAUUUUGCAAAUCUAGGAUUAUCAUAUAGUCAUUACAAAUAUAUCAUUCAAACAAGUCAUUACUAACAAGUGGCAAUCAAGAUUUAUACACGUGCAUGUAUAGAGAUA